UCUGACUGAUGUCAUAGCAGCAUGCAGCAGGUCAAACGAGACACCUCCUAGCGCAUCCUUACAGCUACGAACAAACCUAAGGAAAAAUGGUAUAACAGGAAAUGUUUCAGAUAGAAAAGCAUCAAGAUCAACUUGACAAUCUUCAUACAGAAAAAAUACUGUUCAGAAAUAAGCAGCAGGCUGCGGUCAAUGCUGAACGACAGUCUUGGUGAAAACUACAGCUGAACACAAGAGCAUUCCAGAUUUAAGCACAACAGGCAUGAGCAUCGUACUAUCUCCAGUGUGCAGCCAAGAGCUGGAUGCCGUAGCAUCAGAUGCAUCUCCUAUGAUCACAAAUAUGACCCCUCUUGAAGAGGCAGAGGAUGAGGGAAGGAUGAAGGAACUUGACACUAUGCUGCGCUAUGAGAAACCGCCACCACUACACACUGGAGCAGACUGGAAAGUUGUCCUUCACUUGCCGGAAAUAGAAACAUGGCUUCGUAUGACGUCAGAGCGGGUUCGAGAUCUCACCUACUCUGUACAGCAGGACACAGAGAAUAGACAUGUAGACGUUCACCUGGUACAACUAAAGGAUAUCUGUGAAGAUAUUUCAGAUCAUGUGGAACUGAUCCAUGCCCUAUUAGAGACAGAAAUUUCACUGAAGCUUCUCUCCUACUCAGUCAAUAUCCUUGUGGACAUCCACACUGUUCAACUUUUGUGGCACCAGCUGCGUGUGUCAGUUCUUGUGCUUCGUGAAAGAAUUCUUCAGGGUCUUCAGGAUUCAAACGGAAACUACACAAGACAGACUGAUAUUCUUCAGGCUUUUGGAGAGGACAGAAAAGAGACCUGUUUGGACACUCUGACUGAAGUUGAUGAUGCAGGUCAGUUGACCAUUAAAUGUUCUCAAGACUACUUUUCUUUGGAUUGUGGUAUCACUGCCUUUGAACUGUCUGGCUACAGUCCUAGUGAAGACGUGUCCUGUGGCCCAGAGGCCACCAUGACCUCCAGUUCAGCUGCCAAGGCUAAACCAAAACCAAUUGAACAGUGGAACAGUGCUGACCUGGAAAAAGACUUUCCAGAGUUGGUUGAUAGCGUGGGGCUACUUUCUGUAGCAAAUAAUCAUUCCACUUCCAGACCUGAAGAAAUUAAGGCAAAUGAUGAAAGUCAUAUGACAUGCACUGUUCAUCAAACCUUGGUACAGGACAACAAAGCCACAGCAAACUCCAAGUUGUCACCCACAUCAACAAAUCAACCGGCCCUACCACAAAGUCUUCCAAUGGAGUGUGCAAGAACCCAAAAAGAAAUUAGAAACUCCAAACAGAAGGUAUUUUCUGACACUAAUGGUGAUGUUCUAGAACCUAAAAGAUGUGUCCAAGUGCAUUCUUGUAAUGCAAAUAGUAACCACUAUGAAAACACAAUACCAAAAAGACCAAUUAAAGAUUGUUUCAAUUAUAAUGCAGAGUCUCCGACAGAGCCGUCCUUACCCAAAAGAGCUUUGUAUCUAAAUGAAAUUUCUAAAGACGAUCUGGAAGUUAGCUGCUGCAGAGUUUCACCUUCUAUUCUCCUGCACAAGGCAGAAAUGAGCAGAAGUACACCAUCUCUUUUCGAUCAUCCUGACAGGUCUAGACUUUGGCUCGACUUAGCUUCAUCCUACCCAAGCUCUGCAAAUGCUGCUGUCAGUUACUCUUGUGAUGAAUUAAACAAAACACGUGGUACAGACAAUGGAUGCCCAAGUUCUUCUUCUCAAUGUAAUUUAGAAAAGACCACCUUAGAUCGAAAUAACGCCAAUGAACAAUUUCAAAGAAAGUCUCCAGCUAUUUGGAAAUCAUGCGACUUUCAUGAUCUUAGCCAAUCUAACAAAGAGUCUACAAGAAGCCCCACAUCUCAUGAUAGAGAACCUUUAGUGCAAAAUAUCAGUGGCAUUUCCUUAUUCUCCAGACAGACAUCCCCAUAUCAGAAGCAACUAAAUACCACAGAUAAACUGAAGAAUUUCUAUCCGUGUUGUCCUCCACAUACAAAAAUACCAACUGGUGAGAAUAACAAUAGUUCUGACUCGUUUACUGUAAAGUGUGAGAACAGUUAUGAAUCAACAAAUAUUUCCUCAUGGCACCAAGAUGAGGACCUUUGUAGUGAGAAUAAGAAGCAGCCACCUAUUAGUCAGAGCUCCUCUGAAUCAAUGCCUGCACAAUUGCCUUUACUUUUGCCACAUAAUGAGACCAGGAUAGACUCUCCUGGCUUUAUCCCUACUCUAUCUUUGCUACAACAGCAACCAAGGACACAAAAUAAUUCAAGCCAAAAUAAAACUACUGAAAAUGAUAAAGCUGACAUUUGGUUUGGUUCGAAUGAGUAUUUGGCUCUUCCAUCUCACCUGAAGGAAACUGAAGGGUUAACUUUGAAACUAGAGAAUUUGACAAAGCUGUUGUCACAUCAAUCUACAGACGAAACACUUCAAAACAUUGAAGAUUGGGAGCUGUCAGAAGCAAAUUCUGUGAAUGAGAUAAUUCCAUCAAUUCACAGUGAAAACAGGAAAUGCCACCCUAUAACUGGAACUAUAUCCCCAUCUUCCUCAAGUGAUGUUGCUUCCUCCAUAGAUGACAGCAUUGAAUCUGGUCCACUCAGCAACAUCCUGUCAGAUGAUGAGCCAUCAAUAGCAGAUAUAACUACUAAGCACUACACUACAACCCAACUCUCACAUCCAUGGUUAACACAGAUGCCAAAGAAAGCCUUGGAUGGGACUGCUCCUAAGUCAACUCUGGUUCAACAGCUUCAGCAGGAUAUUCAGCAGAAACAGAAUAACAAUGACGUAUGGGAAAAAAUUGAGGGUUUUGUAAAUAAGCUUGAUGAAUUGAUUCAUUGGUUGUUUGAAGCCAUGGAAACAACUGAAAACUGGACACCUCCAAAAGCUGAUACAUGCAGUCUGAAGCUCUAUCUGGAAACCCAUUUGUGUUUUAAACUCAAUGUAGAUAGUCACUGUGCGCUAAAAGAUGCCGUGCUGGAAGAAGGGCAGCAACUUCUGGAGCUUAUUGAAUCGCACAAAUCAGGAUUGAAAGAUAUGCUGCAGAUUAUUACAAGUCAAUGGCAGGAGCUACAAAAGCAAAUCAAACGACAGCACAGUUGGAUUCUUCGAGCUCUGGACGUAAUCAAAGCUGAGAUAUUGGCAACUGAUGUGCCUGCAGAUGGCUUGGAAGGAUCUAGAAGCCCCAAAGGAGAAAUACAGCUUAUCAACUUAGAGACCAGGAGAGAUGCUGUGGAACAGAUGUCACUGAAGCUUUAUAGCGAGCAGUACACGAGUCACAACAAUAGAAAACAAGAAUUUGCUGCAAUGUCAAAAGUCAAUCGGGUAGAUACUUACAGCCUUCUGGACUUUGAAUCGGAGUACCAGGAGCUCUGGGAUUGGCUGAUUGACAUGGAAUCCAUAGUGAUGGACAGCCAUGACCUGAUGAUGUCAGAAGAGCAGCAGCAGCAUCUUUACAAGGGAUACAACAUGGAAAUGUCAAUGUGGCUUCCAAAGAAACUACAUUUGCUAAAGAAGGUUGCAUCUCUGAGAGAAGCUGGUAAUUCCUUACCCAGUGAAAUUCUUGAAAGGAUAGAGGGAAUUAAAGACAAAUGGCACCUGUUAGAGAGAACGCUCAGAGAGAAAACCCAGCACACAGUAAUGGGCCCGAGUGGGGCAGGAGCAUGUGAUCUUCUGUCACCUGAAAGCAGUAGCCUGGUGAGGCAGCUGGAGGUCAGGAUCAAAGAGCUUAAAUGUUGGAUGAGAGAUACGGAGCUUUUCAUCUUUAAUUCCUGCCAGCUGCAAGAAAAAGAAGGGACAACGGAGGUCCAGAAAAAACUGCAGCAUUUUAAGUCACUAUGUGCUGAAAUUAAACAACGUCGACGUGGCAUAAUAUCCGUAUUACGAUUAUGCCAACGACUCGUUGAUGACACAGAUGCCAGCUGUUCAGAAGCUGAUCGUCAGUCAAUGCAACUUAUUAUUGUGAACUUGGAAAGAAGAUGGGAAGCUAUAAUAAUGCAAACUGUCCAGUGGCAGAACAGACUGCAAAAACAACUAGGAAAAGAUGAGGACUCCUUAAGUUGUGUUGAACCUAGUCUAAUGGAUCUGAAUAUUUUGCUUGAAGAUUCACUGGAAUGGGAUGAAAUGGACAUGAGUAACAAUCUAAUUGGUAUCCAAGAUGAAACAGUUGAUAUUGCACUUGAGGAAAAAGAUGUAUCAAAAUUCUCACCUAGACCCAUCAAUAAUCUUAGUGAUGAACUUAUGCUAGAUCAAUAUACCAAUGGCCCUGGAGAAUCACUGUAUAGCCCUGGUGAAGUUCCUUCUUCCUGUCCAGAUAUCUAUCAGGUCUACACCCAACAUAAUAUACAAGUCCCCGGGAAAGAUGAUACACCAUUCUUCAAGAAUGCCUCAAUUUUUCCCAGUUCAAAGAAUUUAGUAAGGAGUACAAGUAAAGAUUCCUCUCUUUCAUCUGAUGACUCUUUGCCAGAGCUACUGGAUGAGUUAAGUCCAUUAAAAAAGAGCAAACCAAUAUCACUGAAACUUGAGAGUGAGAAUGAAAUAGUCAGUGAAGAUGAUGCUGAAACUAUAAUAAAUUCUCAAACCUCCCUGCCAAAUCAAAUUGAUCAAGUUCAAACUGUCAAACAAUUGCAUCCCCUGAUUGAAUUAAAACAUAAAGACUGUCCAAUUAAGUCAUGCAUUUGCCAAAGAAAGGGUUCACUUGCAAAAAAAGAAAUGAGGAAUGCAGCAAGAAUACAAAGAACAAAAAAUAAUGUAGAAUUGUCAAAAAAUCUUCAAUCACUGUCUCUAAGUAAUGAAGGAAACUUACAGCCUCAUGAUAUGAAUAAUACCCCUUCAAAGGACUUUUCAAAUGAUUUGGAGGCUCAAUAUGAUGUGUUUACAUUUUAUGACUAUUCUUACCUGCAAGGCCCUGAGCUUGAGUUAAAUAUGACUGUAACUCACUCACUUGAAGAAAAGGUGACUACUGAUGGGAAUGUGUCCUCUAAACCAAAUUCUGCUGAAUUUAUUUUUGAAAAUGGGCUAUCAGCUCCUGAUUCCAAGCCAGACUCUAUUACAUCCAAAAAAUGCCUGCCAGUAAAAUCAGAUGAUGCUAACCUUGAGACUUACUAUAGCAAAACAGACAAUGACCAACUAUCUCAAAACAAUAUAAAUGAUUCAGGUUUUGCAUUUUUGACUCCAAAGUCAUCAGUGGAAUCACUUUCAAUUGCUGGUGACAUAUUUCAGCUUGGAACUAACAAUCACAAAAAUGGUGAUCUCCAACGCAGUACUUCCUUAGAGAGCUGGGUUAUUCCAUAUAAAGUCACAGAGGAGUUACAUAGCAUUCAAGGUUCAGGGGAUAUUAUAGGUAGUGAUGCAGUCGGGGAGCUAAGUAAGAGGACAUUAGAUCUAUUGAAACGUCUAGAAAACAUCCAAAGUCCCAUGAGUCCAAAAAUGAAACGUAGUGUUUCUGAUAUCACAUUGCAGAGUAACUCUCUCAAAAUGUCAUGCACUGGCCAGCUCUCAUUUGAUGCUGCAUCAUCAGCAAAUGAAGAUUCUGCUGCUUCUCUCACAGAAUUAAGCAGCAGUGAUGAGCUUUCUUUGUGCUCUGAAGAUAUAAUUGUUCAUAAAAAUAAAAUUUCAGACUCGAAUGCAUCAUUCAAAAAACAGGUUAAGCACUCAGUGACUGAUGAAGCUGAUGUCAAUAUAAGCAUGAUUGUUAAUGUGUCUUGUACAUCUGCUUGUACAGAUGAAGAAGACGAUAGUGAUUUGCUUUCUAGUUCAACCCUUACUCUAACUGAAGAGGAGCUAUGCAUUAACGAUGAUGAUGAUUCCAGCAUUGCUACAGAUGAUGAAAUUAAUGAAGAAAGUAAUCACAUUUUAGACAGGAACUUUAUGAAAAAUGAAUUACACCACUGGAUUAAACCAAUUUUUUCUGUGACAAAGGAAAAGAAAAAAAUGAAUCCUGGAGAAAAGGAUCAAUGCAGGACUGAUUCAAAUAGUAUAAAGUUACCAACCUUCAAAAAUAUUUCAACACUUUAUCCAUUUUUAAACACUUCUGCAUUGAUGCAGUCUGAGUCCAAAGCCUGUAAAAGCACACCAUUCCAUCCAAAAGAAAGACACCACAAACAAAAUGGAGUGGAGACUCUCAGACACUCCUAUGGUGACCAUUUGAAAGAUGAUGUAGAGAAUGGUAAUGUGGAAAAAUCUCCACUAAAAGACAAGAAAGAACUAAUCGAAGAGAUAGACCAUAAGAAAUUUCAGUAUUUUGAAAAGGAGUAUAAUACUAGCAAGACCCAUAAAUCAGAACGUUCAAAUUCUGAAUUAUUUAGUGGAACAUUUGAGCAGUUAGCAGAUGUUCCUUCUACACAGCACAUUCCAGUUCCCCAGACCCCUAUACAGUCUUCACAGAAAGAUAAAUGGUUUAUAUGUUUGGAAGACAAUGGGGCUGCAAACCAACAUUUGUCAUCAUCUGCUUUUAACAUCAAUGAGAAGCCUAUUUUCUCAGAGAAACUUGAAAAGAACUGUAAUGUUACAGUAUUAGGUGGGAACACAGCUUCUGCAAAUGAAGAUAAGAAACUUCAACAACAUGAAGAUUCCAGUGCAGAUUUAAUACUUAACUGCCGUCGUGAUGAAUAUAAUCUGACUAGUCAAGGAUCAUCUGAAAAAUGUUCAUCUCAUCUUAAAACAGAAAGCAGACUUUUGGAAGAAGCUGAUAAGGAUUAUAUAAAUGAUAUUUCAAAUUGUUCCUGUCAUUCUAGUGUUCCUCAUGGUGUUGAUGGUGAAGAAGAUAGCUCUGUUCAUAAUUUUGUGAUGGAAAUAAUUGAUAUGGCAUCAACAGCUCUUAAAAAUAUAUCUCAACAUGAUUCUGAAAUGAUGAGUCCAACUUCAGUGGCUCAGAUCAAGGAAAAGGUAUUGGAACAUUCCCACCGUCCUUUGCAGCUGCGAAAAGGAGACUUUUAUUCUUAUCUGUCUAUAUCAUCACAUGACAGUGACUGUGGUGAGGUAAACACAUGCAUUGAUGAGAAAAGCAGCACAGCUUUGCCUUUAGAUUUUAAUGAGAAGACCAGGUUAGAAAACAACGAUGAAGAUGAUAACUUGUACAGUGAUGAUGUUGAAGAACAAGCUACCCCACACCGCUCUUGCUUAUUUAAUUAUACACUUCAAAAGGACAAGAUUUCAGAUGAUAAUCUAUAUCUUUUGACCAAACCUGAACCAUUUUUUGACAACAAUGCAUCGCAGUUGCCAAAUGGUAAAGUGGACAUUAUAACAUCGAAAGUUAUUCAUGUGACUCCAACUAACCAAAAUAAAAAUGUUGGAAAUCCAACAGGAACAAACAAACUUACUGAAAGUUCAGAUACAUUCUUAGGAGUUUCUAAUCAAACACAUAACACACCUGAAGACAAUAAAUUUCAAUCAGUAGAGUGCCACUUUGAGAAAUCAAACCAUAAUUCUUUGCUGCCUAAAGCACAGACAGACAUUUCUAAAUGUUUGUCAAAUAAUGAGUCCUUUGUUGCUAGAUCUAAACUUGAAAUGCUUGAAACUGGUGAUCUUCCAUUUAAGAGUGAGAGUGAUGAAAAUCAUAAAUCAGUAAAACAAUCCAAUGAAAUGCAAAUGAAUCUGGUGGAGGACUCACAACCAACUGACAGUCAUCUUGAAAAACCAGGAUUUCCAUAUGGAUUUCCUGUUUAUGAAAGUUACCAAACUGAAGAUUGUGAAGUCAAACAGAAUAUUUCCACAAAAGAAAAUAAUUAUGACGGGGACUUCAACUUGUCUCAGAAAGAGAUCCCUAGAUCUCAAGAAUAUGCAGCAGGGAAUCCUAGGACAACUCAAAGGAGCAAAACCACUGAUGCCAAAACUACAUCCUGUGUAUCCGACCACAGUGAACUUCCAAGCAACUCUCAUGCUGCAAGAACUGUACCCAAGAAAUCUGGCUGUAACCUUGCUCCAUUUUUGCCCACCUAUUCCCAAAGCAGCCUGUAAUUUAAUUGAACCAUCUUCUUCCUCACUGUCAUUGAAGACAAAUUCCUUCCAAAUGCGAGUUUUUCAAGCAGGUGUGGUAAUCUGGUUGCUUCUCUUGGUCCUGUGUAUGGCAG